AUGUGGUCCAUCACAAACUCCGGUCUGAGCGCAGCGCAGUCCUGCGCCGUGGCGCUGCUGUGGGGCGCGCUGAGGGCGCUGGGUGGGCGGUGGGCUGAGCUGUGCGCGGGCUGCGGAAGUCUGCUGCCCUCCCGGCUCAGUUUUAUCUGUGGUCCAAAAUGGUUUUCAUCCUUCAUUGGUAACUGUCCAAAGAAGCCUAUGACUAAAUACAUUCGAUUUUUUCGAGACCAGCUAUCCAAAUGUAGAGCUCAAAACCUAGAAGCAAAAAAUUUAGACAUAGUUAAAGAAAUUGGGAGGCGAUGGAAGGAACUUCCUGAGUCAGAAAAAAAAGUCUAUGAAGCUGCUUAUAAAGCAGACUGGGUGGUAUAUAAGGAAGAACUGGACAGAUUUAACAAAGCACUAACUCCAAGUCAGAAAGAAGCUCUUAAAAAAGAAGUCCUGCAAAAACGUUUAAGAAGGAGUGCACUGGCAAAAAAGAGAGAAUUAACAGUGCUUGGGAAACCAAAAAGAGCUCGCUCAGCUUAUAACAUUUAUAUGUCUGAAAAAUUCCAAGAAGCUUCUGGUGAAACAUUGCAGGAAAAGAUGAAGUCUGUAUAUGAGAUGUGGAAAAUUCUGCCUUCCUCUCAAAAGCAAGUAUAUGUUCAACUUGCUAAUGAUGACAGAAUUCGUUAUGCUAAUGAGAUCCGGUCUUGGGAAAAACAAAUGGCAGAAGUUGGACGAAGUGAUCUCUUACGUUCGCAGAAGAAGAAAUGAAGAGAUGGCACUGAGGAUUACAGUAGAAGGUUGAGCUCUAUUCAUGAUGGUUAAGCACAAGACACCUAUUAGGUCUCAACACCUAAAGUUGUAAAUGGGUGAGGCUAGAGUUGGUAACCAUUUUAUAUUGAAAUCUUUUUUUUCCCACCCACACACUUGCCAGCAGAGUACCUUUUUAUUAGUAUCUUGAAAUAGGAAACAGGUGGAAGUUCCUGCAAAUUGUAUCUUGUGUUUAAGAACCGUUGGAGAUGAAGAUCUCCAUGUGGAUGAAGCAGAGCAUCACAUUACCUUUGAUGAAGGCACAUCAGAAUGAAAGUUUUUAUAGACA